AUGUCAGAAGUGCGGAAUCGAAAGUCAAGUCUGAAAAACGACAGUAGUGAUCUUUCGGAUUCAGAUGAUGGAGAAUUCAAAGAAAUCAUUAAAGACAUCGAGAAUGAUCACUGGAAAGAUCGACCGGUCGAUGAAACGAGAUGGGCGAAAACAAAAAGUGCUGUACACGAAUGGGGAUUGUCCUGUUCGUGGCAUGGAAUCCCUCACAUGGCUCAAUCUCUUUCAUGGCCCACCAUCCUUCUCUGGUCGACAAUACUUGUCAUCAGUGCCGUUUUGUUCGUCUAUCUUAUCACCAUCACCGUUAAACAAUACUUUUCGUUUCAAAAGUUGGUCGAUCUGAAUAUUGGAAUGAAGGAAUCCAGCUUCCCAUCAAUCACUUUCUGCAAUUCUAACCCUUACAAAUUGAGUGCGGUUCAAGCGAUUCCAGAGUUGGAGGCACUGCUAACAGUCUACUCGCAAGCUUUACAAUAA